ACGACCACCACAUCUGCUCAAAUGGCACGAAUCCGUGUCUAUAUCGUCCGACAUGGUGAAACCGCUGAAAAUCGCAACGGCAUUUUGCAAGGUCACCUAGACACAGAAUUGAAUGACGAGGGUUAUCGCCAAGCCGAGCUCGUGGCAGAUGCAUUGAAGGAUGUGUCGUUCAAGGUUGCGUUCUCCAGUGACCUCAAAAGGGCGAAAAUGACGGCUGAGCGGAUCCUAAAGAAUAAGCCAGAGGUCAGACUUCAGACAUCUGAAGCUUUGCGUGAAAGGUUCAUGGGGGUAUUUCAAGGGACCAAAAUCACGAAGGACACCAAAGUCGCCCUAUCCCAAGAUAAGACCAUCGAGAGCAACCAGCACCUGCGGGAACGCGGUGUCAACUGGUGGAAGCAAACGAUUAUCCCAAUGGUUUCCGAAGCAGAUGACUCGGACACCAUUUCUGUUUUAAUGGUUUCUCACGGAGGAUUCAUCUCGAGUCUAAUACAAGAACUCAUGGAGGAAGGAUAUGCCACUUCAGAUAGAUAUGCCCUUCCCCUUGGAAAAUGCCUUAACACUGCGAUCGCGAUUCUAGAACUGGGAGGCACCGAUGGGACAGCGUCUUUAGUAAAUUACGGCGAUAUUUCUCAUUUACUCAAUGCAAAGACACAGGCAAAGGGGGUCGUCCAAGAGAACGUCGAUGAGGUCGAGGUAGAUACCUCACCCAGCGGUAGCGAUUCCAAGGGCGUAGUGCAAACAUGGUUAGAUAGUUCAAGUCACGAUGCUCGCUAG